AUGCCCGGAAUCGUGGACGAUAAGUCGCAGCACUGUAUCCCCUUCCUACUCGAUCGCCUGCGCGUUCAUAUCGAGCGGCACCGCAGCAACCCCAGUACCCCGCCGUUUUUCAUCGGUCUCAAUGGCGUUCAGGGUGCGGGCAAGACAGUUUUAGUAUCCGCUCUCAAUGACACCCUCCGGUCCGAGCCAUACUCGCUCUCGGUCGUGACCUUGUCGCUCGACGAUAUCUACCUUGACCACGCCAAUCAGGUGGCUCUAGCACAGGCGCAUCCUUCAAAUCCCCUCCUGCAGCAUCGUGGUCAGCCAUCGACUCACGACCUCGCAUUGGGUGAGGAGGUGUUUGCUUCACUCGCUGCUGAACGUCCGACGGCCAUUCCACAGUAUGACAAGUCUGCGUUCGAGGGUCAGGGUGAUCGUAUCCCAAAGGCAGAAUGGAAAACCGUCAAUGAAAAGGGUCAAGAUAAAGUCAAGGUCGUGAUUUUUGAAGGGUGGUGUGUGGGGUUCCGUGCGUGGGAUGACCAAACCCUCCAUGCGAAAUGGGAGGCCGCUGUGCAUCAAAAGGAGAGCGGCGAAUAUGAUGGACGACUAGGCCAUGUCAAGUUCGAGGAUGUCAAGGCUGUAAACGAUGCUCUGAAGCGAUAUGAUGUCUUGACUAACAAGCUUGAUGCUUUGGUCCAUAUCGACGCCGAAAACCCUCAUUUCGUCUACGAAUGGCGUCAGCAGCAGGAACUCACUCUCCGUGCGGCCAAAGGCACCGGAAUGACCGAAGAACAGGUCAAACACUUUGUGGACGGCUAUUACCCAUCCUACGAGCUCUUUACUGAAACCCUCCGCGACGGCGCUUUCAAGCCUACGCCGCAUAACUUAUCAGCAUCGAGCUCAGACUGGCAAGGACGACAGCUCUGCCUUGUGGUUGACCAUAAUAGGAGAGUUCAGAAGGUCAUUAGAAUCUAA